AUGACUGCCUCAUCUUUCGUUUCGGCCCUCGCCGCCGGCCUCGCCCUGGCCUCCACCGCCGCCGCCCUCCCUGCCGCUACCCAGCAGGAGAGCAACUUCUCCGUCGAGCAGGUCCCCAACACCCGCUACGUCCGCUCCGGUCCCCUCGCCCUGGCCAAGGCCUACCGCAAGUACAAGAUUCCUCUCCCCCAGGACCUUGCCAGCGCCGUCUCCAACAUCACCAACGCCCGCCUCGGUCAGCGCGACACCGGCAGCGAAACCGCCAACCCUGAGCCGUCCGACUCCGAGUACCUGUGCCCCGUCAAGAUCGGUACCCCGGCCCAGACCCUCAACCUCGACUUCGACACCGGCUCUUCCGACCUCUGGGUCUUCUACAGCUCGACCCCAUCCAGCGAGCGCGACGGUCAGACCGUUUACAACCCGAGCAAGUCCCGCACCGCUUCCCUCCUCUCCGGCGAAUCCUGGUCCAUCUCCUACGGCGACGGUUCCAGCUCCAGCGGUAUCGUCUACAGUGAUGUCGUCAGCGUCGGCGGCCUGUCCGUUUCCGGCCAGGCUGUCGAGGUCGCUCAGACCGUCUCGGACGAAUUCAGCCAGGAUAGCGACAACGACGGUCUUCUUGGUCUUGGUUUCAGCAGCAUCAACACUGUCUCGCCCAACCAGCAGACUACCUUCUUCGACACUGCCACUCCCCAGCUGAGCUCGCCCGUCUUCACAGCCGACCUGAAGCACAACAAGGCCGGCAAGUACAACUUUGGUUACAUUGACAACUCGGCCUACACCGGCUCCAUCACCUACACCUCGGUCGACAACAGCCAGGGCUUCUGGGGUUUCACCUCUUCCGGAUACCAGGUCGGCUCCAGCAGCUUCACCAAGAAGUCCUACGAGGGCAUUGCUGACACCGGCACCACCCUCUUGCUCCUCCCCGACAGCAUCGUCAAGGCCUACUACAAGCAGAUCAGCGGUGCCAAGUACGACUCUUCCCAGGGUGGCUACGUUUUCCCCUGCGCGGCCACCCCCCCGUCCUUCACCUUCGGCGUUGGCAGCGCCCGCAUCACCGUCCCCGGCUCGUACAUGAACUUCGAGGCUGUCUCCUCCAGCUCUUGCUACGGUGGCAUCCAGAGCAACUCCGACAUCGGUUUCACCAUCUUCGGUGACAUUGCCCUCAAGGCCGCUUUCGUUGUCUUCGACGGCGGCAACACCCAGCUCGGCUGGGCUUCCAAGACUCUCUCCUAG